UUGACUAUCAAGCAGCUUGCCUUAUUCAGGUCCAGAAUCGGCGACAAUGAUAGCUACCGGUGCUUAUGUCCCUCUUUCUAACGAAGAACGCUUGAAGAUCGAGGCAGGGAUUGAACACCACAGGAUCGAAGCAGCACGACUGAUUCGUCGUCUCAACGCGAGUACACUCGUGAUGUGUCUCCCGGAUGAACUGUUGGUGGAGAUCUUCACGCUAUGCAUUCCUUUGCGCCAUGACAACAUAUAUGGACCUAGCUGGAAUCAUGCACCACAUUACGGGUGGCUGCGACUGACGCAUGUCUGCCAUCACUGGCGAGAAGUUGCCCUACACAUGUCCGCGCUUUGGACGAACAUCGAGGUCACCAACCCAGAAUUUGUCACCAGCUUCUUAGAGAGAUCCGAGAACGCAGUGCCGCUCCAUGUCCACUUCUUCGGGACGGAUAUGCACGGGGAAGAGCUUCAAGCUGGAUGCUGGAUGCCGAUCCUGCGAGCUUCGUCUCGCGUCCACUCCCUCCUCAUCAAACUCGGCGACUCCCUUCUAACAUUUCCUCCUAUAUACGAAUCAGGACGGGAGCUACUUCUCACCGGUAUGCGAGAGUUGAAUCUCGAUUACACGGUAACCAGCCAGCCAACCUUGCCAUGUUUCAUAUCACCACACCUACCACACUUGCACACUCUUCGAUCUCACAUGCUACCUUAUCAAGUCAUCAAACCCUUGCUGGCCCCAUCGCUCAAAUCACUCCUACUUGACCAAUUGCGUAUGCCAGAUUCGACCAUGCUGCGACCCUUUUUUGAAGCGCUCGGACAGUUGACAAGACUCGAACGCCUGGUUUUCAUAGACUCUUUCUUUCCUCUGCCCGCUGAUUGGCGGCAGCUUCCACUCUUUGCCGACACCGGUGCCGUGCUUCCCUCCUUGCGACAUUUGCACCUGGUAUCUCACACAUUCGAUGUGGAUGUAGCCUUGGUGUUGCGAAAUCUGUGCUUCCCAGGAGACGUUUCAGUCCAGAUCUCACAAACAGGGAUAUCUCCAUUCUGUGCUUUCCAGGAAGACGAAGCCCACUAUCUAUUCUCUGCGCUAGAGUCACGGCUCUCGGGGAGUAGCAGCGGAGCGCUCGCUUCCCCUUCACCUGUUCUGACGCUCGCUCUCCGGUCGAAUCACGGUCCCGGAGGCACUAAUACUUUCAACUUGAACGGAUGGUCCUCAGUGAUACCUCUAGAUCCGGCUAUUUAUGAGAAUGAUCCGGAUGGAACCAUGUUCGCAACGUUACCCUCCUUGAGUUUUUCCAUACGGUGGUUCUCAACGUCUAUGCCGGCGGACCCGGCUAGUAUGAAGAAGCUGAGCCUCGUCUCGGCGCUUCAACAAGUACAAGCCUUUGCGAUUGACACAUACGGAGACCACUGGCACGGCCCCGACCCAGUGAGUCCUGAAAGUCUUCAGGCCGGUCUCGCGUCCCUUUGCAAGGUGGAGACUGCCUUCGCGCGCGGUUGUGGUGUGAGGCCUCUGCUUACCGCCCUGCGGGUGCCCUGGGGACCGCACAAACAGUUUUUGUUCCCGUCGCUGAAAACUCUACACAUCUUUGGCUAUCAAUUCGUGCAUCUGUGGUCGUUCGGCGACGACUUCACGAACGAGGAAGACUCCAUGAACGAGGAAGACUUCGAAAUCGAUCUUGUCAAGCACACCCUGGUCGAGCGAGCUCAGGGAGGUCUCCGUUUAGACAAACUCGUAAUUUCAAGAUGUAAAGGCAUGGGUAGGGAAGAGUUAAAUGAACUUAGUGAGCUUGUCAGGGAGCUGAUAUGGGACGAUGUUGGCGUCGCGGACCCGCCCGAGGUGCUGCAGCGGCCGCGGCGUGCGGACUCGGACUCGGACUCAGACUAGCCAGUACUGACCCAGGGAUUUUGCAUUCUUAUGCUACUUCGCUGUCCAAUAUAACUGCAGAGCGUGUAGUCCGAAUUUUCUUGUAUA